UCUACAUUGACAAAACGGUCGUGCCUGUCAGUUGUGUUUUCAGUGAAGGGGGACUGAGGAUAACUUCGGCUAACUUCGGCUGAAUCUUGCGCGAACGCUUGGUGCUCGGCGGGCGAGAUAGCUGACUAUUAAAAAAGAUACCGUUAGGUCAACGUGGAAUAACGUUAGAGCAACCAAUUCAUUUCAGUUCAGUGGCGUAGCCUAGCUAUAUUCUCCCCUUUCCACCCAACGUCUGAACACCAAAUUAAACUUUUCGAACUAACACAGACUUCUGGCGAUACACGUUGUAACUUAAGCAUAGUAGCCUAUGUUAGACACCAUUAACUGGUUUUAAAAAAGUUCGAACUUACACUUAUUCAACCAUGAUGCGGAAAUCUUGUUGCAUCUAUGCAACUGGCAUUAUCGCAACACAUUUGUUAAUAGUCGGCAUUGCUCUGAUGAUCGCAGAUGUGUUUCCAGGAUUAAUGACCAAGCGACUGAAGGGGGAGAUCACCCUUACUGAAGGCAGCAAGGUGUUUGACAGCUGGAAGAAUCCUCCACCCCCAGUUUUCAUGGAGUUCUUUUUCUUCAAUGUUACCAACCCUGAGGAAUAUCUUGCUGGACUGGCCAAGCCACGUGUUGUUGAGGUUGGACCAUAUACUUACAGGGAGUACAGGUCCAAAGAAAAUGUGACGUUUGUGGAGAAUGGGACCAAAGUGGCAGCCUAUACCCCCAAAACCUUUGUGUUCUUGCCUGAGAAAUCAAAGGGGAACCCUGAGGUUGAUCUCAUUACUUCUGUCAAUGUCCCGGCUGUGGCCGUGAUGAACAAAGUGCAGGGUAGUUUCUUCGUCACCCCAGCAGUCAAAGCUUGGAUGAAGAUGCUUAAUAUUACUGGAAUACUUACAACACGCACUGUCAGCGAGCUUUUGUGGGGUUAUGAAGACCCCCUUCUGAAGAAGGUCUCUGCCUUAAAGAAAGAUGUUGAGAAGGACUUCGGCUUCAUGAUAAAUAAAAAUGGAUCCCAUGAUGGAGAAUUUGUGUACCUCACUGGAGAGGAAGACUAUCUGGACUAUGGUCGUGUAGACACUUGGAAAGGUCAAAGGAAGCUGACAUAUUGGGGAUCAAACUACAGCAACCUGAUCCAGGGCUCAGAUGGCAGUGCCUUCCACGCGUACCUGACCAAGGAGGAAACCCUUAAUAUUUUCACCCCAGACCUGUGCAGGUCCAUCUACAUGAAGUUUGACAAGGAUGUGGAGGUGAAGGGUAUCCCUGCUUACCGCUUCACUCCUCCACGCUCUGUACUGGCCAGUGUCGAGGAGAACCCUGAUAACGCAGGCUUUUGCCUGUCAUCCAAGAACUGUUUGGGCUCUGGUGUGCUCAAGGUGGACGUGUGUAAGAAAGGGGUUCCAGUAGUGGUGUCAUUCCCCCAUUUCUACCUGGGGGCUGACGACUACAUCAAUGCCAUUGAUGGUAUCUCACCAGUGAAGGAGCACCACCAGACCUAUUUGGACCUUAAUCCGACCACUGGAAUCAUCGUUCGUGCAAGCAAGAGGGCACAAUUUAACAUCCUGGUGGAGAGACUGAGUAGUUUCCCCAUAACCAGUGGACUCGACAGAACAGUCUUCCCACUGUUUUUCCUCAAUGAGACUGUGGUGGUUGAUGACGCCUCAGCAGCUAGGCUGCAUAAGCUGUUACUGAUCGUCAAAAUUGGAUCCAACUUCCCCAUCUUCAUCAUUGCCCUCGGCGCGUUGCUGGUCAUCAUCCUCCUCGUCCUCAUCAUUCGUCUCCACAAGAAGAAGAUUGAAGUGAAACGCUUUGAUUUUUCAGAAGCUUACCCUUACUUACCUACGACUGCUAAGGAGGACACAAUCUACUCGCCUGUGAAUGACAAAACGGAGGACUACUCUGACAACUCGAAAAAUGGCAACUAUGUUGGCAUGACCCCUGUAAAAGCAGAGCGUGCUUGAGCACGAUUCCAAAGAUGUGUGGCGCCAAAUAGUAUAUAUGAUCAUUUUUCAUCACAUGCUGAUCCAUUCUUUAUAUGUUAAAUAUGUGUAAAUAUGUUGCUCUAUUUUCCCAUUUUAAAAUGUUUUGAGAGGUUAGGCUCGGCCUUGAAUGUUUGCUGUGUGAAAUUAUGCUUAUAUGUUUAAAUCAUUAUGUUCCCUGCAUACUUUAGAAGGCCGGGUGUUGUCCGUGGUUGUGUUUUGUAAAAACAGCUGUGUUGAUGUUUUAUAUAAUAUGAUUGCCAUCAAAUAGUGUUUUUGAAGGAGAUUUUUGAAUUUAGAAUUUUGUUUUAUGAAGAGAUGACUGCCAGUGUUCUCCAUCUUUCUGUUGCCAUGCAUACCCUGGAAACUCCAGAGUUCUCGCAAGAACACAGUUUGAAUUGUCUCUGCGAGACAAUCUGGCAAUGAGUAAUGAUGCACGUUACCAGGGUCUGGAAUCUCCAUGCUAGGCCAUGCUAAUAUCAAGUAUCAAACAUGAUUACAGUCUUUAAUGAUUGUGUUAAGUACACUGUCCUUUAGUAGACAGAAACUAAAGGGCUUCUGUAGGAUUACUUGCAGGACACUUUAGAUUGUUAACUGUGCCUUCCUGUUUCAUGAAUGAAUGAAAGUGUAUCUGCCUCACUCAGCUGCCAGCUUGUAUGCCAAUUAGAGAGCUUGUCUUAAUGAUAUCUGUUGAAAACACUAGUAACCUUAUGUGCUCUCCUUUAAACCAGUUCUCUCUCUUCUUGGUCUUGAAGUAAAGAGAAGGACUAGACAAAUGCAUUUCAUUUCUUUGGCCAUGACCAUGGUAGAAUUCUGCUGGUGUGUUUGACUGCCAACUUCUAUUGACAUGGUUUGUUGAGUUAUUAGAUUUGUUUUGUUCCUUGUCAGCUUUCCCCCUUUUUGAUUGUAUGAUGACCCUCCACCUUAGAGGCCAAAUUGUCGCAUUGUUUUGAAAAAAAGAAAAAACAUAGAAUAGAUUGUGUCAAAAACCAUAGUAAGCCUCACUUGUAAAAUUCAGCUUGACUGAUCUUUAAAUAUUUUUUUUGAUGGAUAUGUUGUAUAAUUGGAUUUUUUGACCUUAGGUUGUACAUCUGAUGGUGUGAGUUCAGAAUAUGUCUCAGAUAUUUACGUCAUUGUACAUUCUGUAAAAAUGUUUGUUUUUAAUGUAAUUACGUUUUAAAUUCAUAUGUUGUUCCGUUCCAUGGCAUUUAUUUGCCAUGAGUGGUUUGGUUGCCAUUUUCUCUGCCUCUUUUUGAUAAUAGUAACGUUUGAUCACUAUUGAUAUUGCUUAGUGUAAGCCAGUGCUUACAAAGCACAGAAACCAGCCGAAUGAACACAGGUUGCACCAUCCUCCUUGUUACAUUUUUCAAUGAAGUUGAAGUGUCGUCAAGAAUCUCCUGUUUGUGUAUCCUGACUUUAGAUUUUGGUUAUUUCAGUGUUAUAAUGUGUGCUCGAGUUGUGUGUGAAUAAGAUGGGACAGGCUUUGGUAUAUGCAUGGAUAAUCUCAGGUCCAUAGGCUCCUUUUGUGUCUCGGGGUGCUGUGCACAUAGUUACAAAUGUGGUGCCCCACAGGCCACACACUGUGUUGUAGCUCUUGGUAGCUACUGUAGUACCCCAAUGAAUGUCCGUAACCUUAAGCUAUUACAAAACAACUUCAUCUACAUCUUGGUCCGAAGUGCUAUUAUAGUAUUGAGACUAGAGAAUUGUUUUAAUUUCAAAAAUGACUUUUACAUUUCAGCCCAUCCAAGGAUAUAAGUGCUCUCUUAUGAGAGAUGACCCUUUUGUAUGCUUCCUGUGCCAUAAGGGCUGGGUCAGAGUUAUAGAUGGCUUUCCAACAUCCCAAGGUAAUUCUUCCAUACUCAGUUCAUAAAUAUUUUACAGAAGUUAAGUUUAAAUAAGUUACUUCCCUCUUUAGUACCACAUCUGUAGAACCUUAUUCCCUCAGUGUCCAUUCAAUGUCAACAUUCAUAUGUUACAAAAAGAGCUCAUGACUAUUUUGAGUUUCCUUUAUACCUUUGUAUUGUAAUGUCAAUUAAUGACAUUAUUGUUGGCCGUCACUUCUACUAGAUACUUUGCAUUAUACUGCAUACAUGUUAAAUACUUUUGCACUAACAACAAUCUGUAUUUUACAAUAAACUACGUUUGACUUA